GUCAAAAAAGUGUGCUGUCAAUACGCAUAUAGAAAAAGUAUAUAACUGGAAUUUACUCUAAUAUCUUCAAAGUAAUGUUUUUACUUUCUUCUAGAUACUCACACGUAGAAUUGGAGAAAUCAACAUACAAGGAACACUCCAGACUAAGAUCGUUGUAACAUGUAUUUACAAUGAAAAAACUCAAACAAGGUUGUAUUAUUAGCAAGACGUUUUGCGAAAUGAUUUACGACGAGCAAUUUGUAAUUUCUCGAAGGUUGUGCGAACUCGAGUAGUAUCAUGAUUAGAUAUAGCCUUUGUUAUGGAAUAUCCGUUGCAAGACUUUGAUAAUAGUCACGAAACUGAAUUUCUACUGGGCAAUAACCCAAGUCAUGGAAAUGAAAUGGAUGUGCAUACAGCUAAAUCCAACAGAAGUCCUCGCCGGCGAAGAAGUUUAGGAUGUUUCUUAUGCAGUUGCUGGCGCUCUUUGUUCAGAAAAUGUUGCGGACCCCGCAUUCUGCAGCCUCGCACCAUUUCUCUGGGCAAGCCGACUCCCGGACAGUUCCCCGCGAACGCCAUAAGGAAUCAGAAAUAUAACAUCAUCACUUUUCUACCCCUAGUUCUCUUCCAGCAGUUCAAGUUUUUCCUCAACCUCUAUUUUUUGAUUAUGGCUACAAGCCAGUUUGUUCCAGAUAUACGAAUUGGGUAUUUGUAUACGUAUUGGGGUCCAUUAGUAAGUAUUCUAUAGUAUGUUUCUUAGUUUCAUCAUUUGAGAAAAUAUGAAUUUGUCAUGCUGGGACUUUCUUUAUUAUUAAACAGUAGAUUGCAUUUCAGAUAUUAAUGCAAAUAUAUUUCAUUUUUUAGUGUUUUGUACUUUUUGUGACUAUAUGUAGAGAAGCAAUAGAUGAUUUACGCAGGCACAAAAGAGAUCAAGAAGUGAAUAACCAGAAAUGUAAAAGACUAUUGAAUGACGUCAAUAAACCAUUUGAAAUAGUUGCUGCGCACAAACUGAAGGUA